GUUUUGUGGUCAAAAGAGCAUGCACAAGAUUCUCUAGCUCCGACUGACAUUAAAUCUGCACUAAAGAAGUAAGCUUCAACCACAGCAUUAAAUCUUGGAGCUGGCACAGUUGGUCUAUUCCUGACAGAACCAUGAAGAUGACAUCUCAGAGACAUGCCCGUUAUCUCUCAAUUGAUCUGGACGAUGAUGUUACCCUGGUUUUCCAUAAACCUAGUUGGCAGCUCAGAGCCAGCCUUGCCUCUGUGUUGAUCACUCCUGUCCUCUACCAACUCUACCUCAUUAUGGUCACCAUCAGAUACAUACUCUUCUUACAAACUUUUUCCUCUCCCCCACGUCCUGCUUGCCCUGUGGUUGACUUGAGUUGGACCGGAGUGUUUCCUUGUGAGCUGGGAUGGAGGGGGAGUGCACUGGCCGUUCUCAUUCUGUCAGCUGUGCUUAUCACCUGCUACUCACUCAUCACUGCCUGCUUGGUGAGAUGGAACCCUCGGAAACAAUGGAACUCAACCACAUCAGUUUUUGAAAAGCCUGCCAAGUUCCAAGUGAGAGUUCAGAGCACUAAUCGACUGAUGUUGCCCCCCACUCUCAGUCUGUGUAUACUGUUAAUGAUAUUCCGCUUACUGUUACAGUCAGGAGAUGUUGAAGCAAACCCUGGACCAACGCUUGGCUCUAUUCUGACUAUCGAUGAUUUGAAUUCUGUUUACGAGAAAUUGAUAGAAGCCGCUGGAAACUGGUUAGACCUGGGACUUUCCCUGGGAUUACGUCAUAGCACCCUCAGUAAUAUAAAAGAUGAACAUCGAGACAAGAACCAAAUCUGUUUACGAGAAAUGUUAGCUGUUCGCUUGAAGACUGGCCCUCCACUCACCUAUUCUGACAUAUGUCGGAGCCUCAGAGCACGAACAGUUGGUCGGAAUGAUGUCGCUGUGACUAUAGAGGAGGAAUGUACAGGUGAGAAUACUUCACCUGGGCCAUCUAAGAGGCAGAAAUUGUCCACAACGACUCCUGGAAUAACCAAAUCCAAGUCCGGUGAUCAUUCCACCAUCCAACUAGAUGAAGCAAUAGGAAUUUAUCGAUCAUACUUAACAAGUAUUUACGAUACAAGAUCUCUCCCUGCUGAUGACAAAUAUCCUCUCGAGUGUACUAAACACUUUGUUAACCUGGAAUGUGCGGAUGUAAGUAAACAUUUAUCCAGAGAGGAAAUUGAAAAGUCUUGGUCAGAAAUAGUUCAAGGCAUGCUGGGUAGAUUUCCAAGAGAGAGAAUCACAAUGGACCAGAUAGCUUCCAAAGUAAAAGGCAAAUACUCUAAAUUAGUUAUCGUUAAGGGGGCCCCUGGAGGAGGUAAGACGACUUUGUCAUGGGAACUGUGCAGACGAUGGGCUAAUGGUGAAGUUUGGACAGAUUACUCCCUCGUUGUGUUGCUCCGACUUCGAGAUGAGAAUAUUCAGGAAGCUGUAGAAUUAGUUGAUCUAUUUCAAUGUGAAAAUACUGAUGCUUCCAAAAAUAUUGUUGCUACUACUAUCAUACAAAAUCAUCAUGGGCACGGUAUUCUUUUCAUUUUGGAAGGGCUGGAUGAGUUAUCACCAUCUCUUAGAACAAAAAAUUCUAUUUUUAUGAAACUAAUAUCCGGACGUCUUCUGCCAGCUUGUACCGUGCUUGUUACUACUAGGCCCUGGGCUGUAUGCGAUCUACCUCCUACUUGUAGCGCAAGAGUUGAUCAGUUCAUUGAAAUCUUAGGGUUUUCUUCCAAACAAAUUCAAGAAUACAUUGAUCUAAUGAUCAAAAAUAAGGAGGCUCCACCAGAACUACGUAAAUACAUUAACUCUAAUCCACGUAUCUCUAGUGCAAUGUAUAACCCUCUUCAUGCCAGAAUUGUAGUUGAUGUUUAUAGAAAAAAUCACAAAAUAAGCAGCGUCUUUCCUAAUACAACAACUGAACUAUACACUGCAUACUCUCGAGUUGUGAUUGAAAGGUAUUUAAAUGACAAUCCAGCGUAUUUAGACAGUGAUUGGAGUGGUGAGCUAAGUGAGUUACCUUCAUCACUUCAGUUACAUUUUGAUAAGCUCUGCCAAAUUGCGUACAAUGGAAUAACAAAAGAAAAACAACAAUUGGUUUUCCUCAAGAAAGAUAUUGUUGAUGCUAGCACUACACUCGGAUUCAUGAACAGUGUACAUCCUUUAUAUAAGAAAAGCAACAGUUCUCCAUCUUACAAUUUCCUUCAUCUAACACUUCAAGAGUUCCUCGCUGCAUUUUACGUCUGGAAAAAUAAAACCCCACACGAGCAAUUUAUUUUGUUUGAAACGAAGGCUAAUGAUGGAUCUUUCAAGAUGGUUCUAUUGUUUUUAGCUGGAUUGACUAAACUGAAUGACCCAUGGACACAGUGUGUACUUCCAACUCCUUAUGUGUACUAUGAGGAAGGAUCGUCUAAAGCCAAGAGAAUGUGUGAAUUCUCAAGUGAUCAAAUUCUGUGGAUCUAUGAAAGCCAAAAUGUGCAAGCCAUGAAGGACUUGUAUUGUAAUGUGCUGUAUGAACUACCGCUAGAUAAUCUGAGAAUUGAUCAGUUUGCACUUGGUUAUGUUGUAGCUUCUGCUCAAGUCAAAGUAACUCUAAUGAACAUGUUCGAGUUUAAUAAAAGUAAUGUAGAUAGAUCGAUGAUAUUAGCAGGAAUGAAUAAAGCGUUGUCUUCUUUUAGUGUAAGGCAUCUGAUAAUGUCUACCACAUUCAAGAUUCCAUCUGCUUGGCAUACACUCAUUGAUAGGAUACUACCAGAAUUAGAAAGAGUCACUAUCAUUAGAUCAGAAGAUAGUGAUGACGAUGAAUUGUAUGGGCCUGAGGUUCCAUGUGAUUUAAAUAUAUUUGACACUAUACGGAAAUCUCCAAACUUAAGUGUUGUAGAGCUAGAUUUUGGCAUCUCAAGAGACACUGUGAUACGAAUACUUGAUAUUUUGAAGCCAAAACACUGCUUGAAAGUUUUGAAAUGUGCUCAAGUAUCGCCAGCUGAUGAAGAGUUGUUGUCUGACUUCAUUGCACAUUCUAGUAUUGAAAUGUUGGUGAUACAUUUGGUACAAAAUUGUUUGUCUUCUCUAAGCUCAACCAUCACAGAUUCAAUUGGAUUGAACAUAACUGAGUUAAAAAGGAAUAAAACGAAAAUCUCACUGUCUAAACAUUUAUUUUCCAAUGACGAAGCAAAUUCUGAGUAUUUAUUUUCCAUUCACGAAACAACAUCUUCAAUAGGAGAUGUGGUUUUUUCAGAGUCUACUAUCAAAAGCUUAAUUUCAAUAUUAAGCCACUGGAAACUAAGCUUACAAUAUCUGCGAUGCUCUUUCAAACUUCACUUGACUCCCACACAAUCUGAGCAGUUUUUUAGUACUCUACUCGAUUGUCCGAUACUUAAAGAACUCGUUAUCCAAAAUGAAAUAAAAGGCCAAUUUGAAUAUUUCUGUACCCCCCAGCACUUGCAAUCACUAACUUUGUUAUGUUCUGAUAAUGCCUGUGAAGUUUUACGUUCUCUCAAAAACAAUCGAUUACAUUCCAUUAAAAGCCUUAAACUUUUAUGUGACUUUGACUGCUAUUUUGAUGAAGCUAUUGGUGAGUAUCUACAGACUGACACAUCUCUAGAAGAAUUGACACUGUAUUAUAGGGAUUUCAAAAGUAGGGAUUUCAAAAGUAGCCCGAGUCAUUUAGUGCAGGGACUGCAAGUUAACACAUGUCUAACUAAGCUAACUAUUUCAACUACAUCAACUUUUACACAUGAUCUCGUAACGUUUGAACUGGCACAAAUGUUUCUGCUUAAUACAACUCUACAAUUCAUUGAACUUACGGUUGAUAUACAGUCAAUGGAACUACUACCCGUUUUGGAAGCAUUGAGAGAAAACAAUUCAAUUAAACACCUGAAAUUCCAUAUGUUUAAGCGAGUCAUUACGUUUAUGAUUUUACCGUACAUUGUUACCACUGAAGAGGCUGAAGCUGUUGGUAAUGUGUUAGCCAAGAACAAGACUCUAGAGGUAUUCCACCUCUUUGCCAGGAUCACUGAGUGGUCCCCAAUUGUCAGGGGGCUAUUGGAAAACAAAACACUGAAAGAAUUCGGCACUUCUAAGAAGAACAUUGUCACAUGUCCCGAGUUCGUUGAUGUCAGACGAAGAAUUGUGUUUGUAGAUCGAGAAACCUUAGCUAUGUAUACGUACUAGUGGUAGUUUACAGCUUGUAAACUAUGUUUGUACUUGCAAGUGUACAUCAUAGUUUACAAUAUAAUAUAAUUAUGUUGUUGAAUUUUAGUUCAUCUACAAUAGUUUACAAAGAAAGUUGAUAGUGUACAACGUUGUAUAUAUACUACUGUAAAUGAACUCUUUUGGCCCUGUGAUAAUACUAUGCAGCUGUUACUUUAGAUUCUAUAUAGUGUUAUAUAACUUGUUUCAUAGCAUUGUACUAAAUCUUGUAAGUCUUCCCAAUGGGUGGCUAUAAUAUACAUUUUGUACAGUAUUAUUUUUGUGUGUACCAUUCCUGUUUCAUGCAUGAGCAGAGAGUAUAAACUGUUCUCAAUAUAUACACUCCAUAUUUAUGUCUCUUGUUUUUGAUCGCUUCGUUGAUUUGGCAUAAACUUAUCUUCAAC